GCCGCCUCCACCACCUCCUCCUUCAGCGUCUCUGCCCCCUUCCCUCCCCCCAGCCACCCACCUCCCCCAGCAGCCGGGACAAUAGAGCAGGGAGAUGUCCUCCUCCGGCGGCCACCAGCACAGCCAGAGCCGGGCCAUCCCCACCAGGACGGUGCCCAUCAGCGAUGCCACGCAGCUACCUCAUGACUAUUGCACCACGCCCGGGGGGACCCUGUUUUCUACCACUCCUGGAGGUACCCGAAUCAUCUAUGACCGUAAGUUUCUGUUAGAUCGCCGCAAUUCCCCCAUGGCUCAGACCCCACCAUGCCAUCUCCCAAAUAUUCCAGGAGUCACCAGUCCUGGUACCAUGGUCGAGGAUUCCAAAGUGGAAAUAAACAAUCUGAACAAUCAUGACAGGAAGACUGCAAUGGGGGAUGAUGCUCAGUUUGAGAUGGACAUCUGAUUACCCCAGAGCAUAACCAUGGAGAGGCAGAAAUUCCCUGAUACCUGUGCAUACUCGAUUCUGCUAAUCGGAUCUGUAACUGAAAGGUGGCAGAGGCGGUGGUCGCAGCAGUCUCCAUCAGACUUCCCACUUCAUCUUGCAAGUGCCAAAGGAUAAGAAUCUAGCUCCCCAGUCCUGCUCCUUUCCCCACUUUUUAAUUCCCAUCUCCCUGCUCUGUGACUGAAUGGAUGCCCUUGUCAGAUUAUACAGAGCUGAGGAACACUCCGAGUGGAACCUUGGCAUCUCGCACUUUAGAGGCACCCUGUCAAACCAUACACAAGUGAGAACAUACCUCCAUCACCAGUUGGAUAUUUAUUGCAAACAGCAAAGGGGCCAGGGACUGGUGGAUUUAUGCUAAGUGGAGAUGGCUUUUUCUGUGUUCCCCUCCCUUCAGCCUGAUCCCAGCUCACAAAGGGCUUAUGUUUGCACAGCAAGUAACCAGUUGUAAUAUGGUGUCUCCAAUACUUUCAAUCACUCGCAUUUUAGAAACCGCAAGGAAUAGUGGGAGAACAGAUAAGAGUCUCUGCUCAGUCUGAGUUCGUUUUCCUCAGUGGGCAGAGCACUCACUUGAGUAACUCUGGGGGAACCUGGGUAAUAGUCCCACUUGUCACCUUUCUCCAUGACUGUGUGCCCUGCAAUAUAACAUGUUCUCUCUUCUGGAGAUGCAUAACCUUAAUUCAUUUGCUCUUGUACCUCCUUGGUUUCCAACCCUCUGACAGACUUCUUUUUGAUAAUACUUCUUAAUGUUAUGUGUAUUUAGAGGAAGCUGUCAGUUCAUUAUACUGCUGAUUCCUCUUCCUUUCUUUCCAUCCCAAAGGAAUGCCAUCCAAAACUUCUCACUUUCAGAAACUUAACCCUUUGUUCCCUGAGUACUUUGAAUGCUAAAUCAAAACUUUUUUUUUUCUAGGAUAUGGGGGAGGGGUAUCUUAUAUUAUCCUCAGGACUUCCUCCAUUUUGCCCUUUUGCCCUUGUUAGUUUCUUCUGAUUUUUUGCUGGUCUCACUGUAGACUGUUAUAUUGAAGGUACUGCAGUAAUGGUUAAUUUCCAACAUCCCCCAUCUCUCUUGCAUUAGGGGAAGUGUUUUUCCCCACUAACAGUUUUAAUUAAUACACUUGUUAAAUGUUUAUCAUUUCAAUUUUAAGACUUCCCAUCAGAAGGGAAAAAGUGAAUGUCAAUAAGCACUCUCUGAGGAACAGUGGGUUUGCUUCUCAUCUUAUACCAUCCUUCCAUUCAUAGUUCAUUGUGCUCCUUUCAAUCACUGGCUCUAUUACUUUUCCUCCAAGAUCCUUUGUUGUUAACUUUUAUGUUCACUGCUGGCGUGUAUAUUGGCUGACUUGUAAAAUUGAACAUUUGCCUGUACGGGUCAUUUUUUGGUUCCAUACUGUCCAGUUUUGCUCCUGUCCAUAUCUUGCCAAAGGGAUUAGGUGGACUAGUGUGGAUUUUGACAAGAGUGUGGUGCUUCUGGCCAAUUCUUGUCUGGCCUUGCCACUUGAAAGUUCUUAAUGGGUUUGAUUUACUUGCUGAGGGCAUCGCUCAAACUGUAGCUGGACUUGUUUCCCAUUGCCCCACUUGCUGGGAGACUGUAUCUGACAUAUGAGUCAGAAAUUUUCACAGCUUAGUUAUAAAUUGGAAAAGACCCUGUUUUCUCUUUUGGUAUGCAAAAGGGACACUUUCCUGGUAAAAUACUACUUUGGGGAAGGAAGGUUUCCUGAAAAAACUCAUUUUUCCCUCUUCCCUUCAAAAUGUGAAUAACACAGGAACAAAAAUCCUUUGUAAUGUUUGAUCUCUCAGGAAUAGACUUUUUAGUGUAUCUGGGAAAUGCAGUGUCUCCUUAAAGCUUGGUGAUGGCCAGAAAUGUGACUAAAACUACACCUCUAUGUCCUGUAUUUAUUCUCUGGCAUUAUUCCACCUAUGUUUAAUUUGUUUAGUAUGAAGGAUAGAAAGCUCAGUUGUACUUUGUGUCUCCCAGAUCCAAUUUGUUCAGUUCAGAUAUUUCUAAAGUACACUGCAAGUUCUGCCUCAUGUAGGAAACACUGACUUUUUUUAUUUUUCCUUCCCCAUUCUGCUUCAUGCAUCAUCACUAACAAUAGUUUCUGGAAUUUAGCAGGCAGUUUUGUUGAUAAGGCAGAACAGAAUCCAGAUUUGCUCUGUAGUGCUGAUAAUAGUAAAAACUCGGGUUUGUCAGUGAACUAAGCAGAGUUGAUUUGAGAGAAACAAGAAGAAGAAAUGAGCAGUGACAAGGUAUUAUUAGUCACUUUUCUCAUCAUAGUAAUACAUUUUGUUUUGUUCGUAACUUCUCAGCUUUUCAAAGCACUGCACAGGUGUUCAGCUAUUUGACUCUUUUAUUACAAGAAUUGUGCCGCUAAAAUCCUGUUGCAACACUGAAAAUUUAUCCCUAAGUGUACAGUGCAGCAAGAGCUUCCAUUAUGCAACAGUCCUCUUAGCUGUCAGCCAGAGAAAUCAUUCUGACUUUUGUCGACUUGAGAUGUAUUUUUUUUUUAAAUACCCAAGGCAAGAAACAAGCAUCCAGAGAGGAAAGAUCAUCUGGUGGUUGAGGCAUUGGAGUAGGAUUAGGAAAAUCUGGGGUUUGUUUCAGGCACUUGAUUCACACAUUCCUGUGUGACCUUGAUCAAAUCACUAAGGGUAUGGCUACACUUACAGUUGGGAGUUACAGCUGUCUUCGUACA